AUGUUUAGUUUGGGGGGAUUUGGAGGAUUAGGUGGAUUAGAAGUAAUAAGUCCAUUAGAUGCAUGCAGAGGGUCCACAUGCAGACGACAAGUGAAAAGUAUAAUGGACAAAGCAGAAGCUCUUGAGAACUCUUUGAAGAAAAUAGAUGAAACAGAGCGUGCAUUGAUCAAAGAAAAUGAAGGUGAUUUAGAGGACAUGACAAUGUUUGCAAGUCAUGACGAGACACAAGCUCUUCGAGCCAAGAUACGUUCCCAGAAUGAGAAUCUACGUAAGGUUAGACAAACUCGUAGGACUCUAAUGAGGACUUUAUACAAAUUAGUCUCGAAACUGUCUCUCAAACAACAAGGACGACUAAUUCGUUACAUGAACCUUGAACACAGAAUCAAAGUGAAUUAUGCAGACUUUAGUAAAUAUGAGAAAUUACCGAGAAAGUUUAAGACAUGUAAUGCAAAAGAAGGAAUAGAUCCGAUCGUCGGACCUGUUCAUAAGAAGAAGUUAUUAAAAAGAAUCAAAAGUGGGCUGAAAAAAGGUUUCAAAUUGAAACAUGUGAUCAAACUUGGCAAAAAAAUACACAAGAAACUCACCAAAGACUAA